UGAGAGUUGUAAGAAGUGUAAGGAUUUCGCCUGAUGACGACCGAGUCGGCCUUACUUCCGACCCUGCCGGACGCGGGUCCCACUCUUGAUGAUUGGGAUCCGUUUACGUCGUUAGUCGUGACAGUAUUUUGGUUUCGUCUCAUAGUGAAUUACGUAGGCAGAGAAUUUCCCUGGUUCCUUGCCGGGAGAACGCAGGUAAGGUGGCUGACCGUUUAUGAAGAAGAUUUUCAUGUUCGCUCUAGACCGGCCACCCGGUCACCGCCUGUGUUGGCCAUCGUUUUCAGGGUUCUCGUUGAGCCUGUCCACCUCGCGUAGCGCCCUAGGUGAUUCUUCAGCCGGAGCUUUCAUCACUGAUGGCAUAGCCUCAACGAGCAUUCCCCUACUCAGAUGUUCGCCCCCACACCACGACGAGGUACAGGACGGGUUUUUAGGGGGCAGUGUUGAUACACGACUGGGAAAUGGCCAUCACCUAUGUAUUCGUCCCAGUAUGAACAAAUUCGAGAGUGAACAUCGGUUUUCUGAAGUAUGUAAAAAAUUCUGCACCUCGACCACUCUCACAAUCGACAAGCCAUUCUUCUUCUAUCUCAUCGAUGCAUAUCUGAUGCUGCCUUUCUUACUCUUCAACAACGUAAUCAUUUGACUCUUAUUCAAGGUCUGUUAAGAAAUAAUGAUGCUAGAAAUUUACUUGAUGAAAAAUUAUCAAACUGGUUUUUACCCUACGGUGAAAAGAUUGAUUCUAUUCGUGAACCAUUUUUUCGACAAUUACUGAUAGCUGCAUGUCUUAGUUCAGUACGAGAGCUACUUCGACGAACACGUAUUCGUGUUUCACUCAAUAAAGCUCGCAAUAUGUUUGGUAUUAUAGAUGAGUAUAAUUUGUUAAAACCGGAUGAAGUUUUUAUUCAAUACACUCGACUUAAUGAUCAUGAAGAUAAAGAGAAGAAUGACAAAUGUCAAAAUACCCGAAUUCUUAGCAACUGUAAAGUUGUUAUUACAAAAAAUCCUUGUCAUCAUCCGGGCGAUAUACAAACAUUUACUGCUGUCAAUCGUGAAGAGCUAAAACAUCUCAAAGAUGUUAUUGUCUUUUCUCAACCAGGUGAUUGC